GCUCAGGCUCUACCCCUGCGGUAGUUGUGACAACGCCAUCCGGUUCGUCACGAACAAUUAGACAGUCGCACGUUACGUUUGGCGCGGUCUCUAACUCGGUGCUUUUGAUAAUUUCAUCCAGCCACCGAGGUAUCUGUUUUCAUUGCUACCCUCAAGUCUCUUGCGUCCUGCGUACAUCUCGAACACAGAAGCCCUCGGAAUCCUCUGCCGGACGCAUCUUACACUCUUUUUGUUCGUUUCUACGACUUAGUUUCUCGUUGUUACUUAUAUUAUGAGGUUUACUACACGGAAAAAGAAUACGGAGGAUCAGAACCUGAGUCUGAAGAAAGAGAUUGGUUUACUUCAAGGCGUCGGCAUUGUUAUAGGAAUUAUUAUUGGCUCAGGCAUUUUCGUCUCUCCCGUGGGCGUCUUGGCUCAGUCGCGAUCAGUUGGACUUUCGCUUGUCAUGUGGUUUGUGACCGGAGUCGUCAGCGCUCUCGGUGCCAUCGUGUACGCAGAAUUGGGUGUUACUAUACCGAAGUCCGGCGGGGAGUACACUUACAUAUUUGAAACUUUUGGACCUUUCCCGGCUUUUAUUGCCAUGUGGUCAACUUUUGUCGUUGUCGGAACGGUCGGAUGUGCCGUUAAUUCUUUAGCUUUUGCUCAGUACAUACUACGUCCUCUAUAUUUUACUUGUGAUAUCCCUGAAAGUACACUUCAUAUGGUGGCUAUCCUGGCUUUGCUAACAUUGUGCUUUAUCAAUUGCUAUCGAGUGACAUGGGCUACACGGCUCUCGGUAGUCUUUACCGUUUGUAAGGUAUCCGCUUUGUUAUUGAUAAUUGGAUUCGGUUGCUACUAUUUGGCCAGAGGCAGCACUAGAAGCUUCGAAAAUCCAUUCGAGGACAGUGCCACAUCACCUGCUGCUUUAGCCAGCGCUUUUUAUCAGGGGUUUUGGGCUUUCCAAGGCUGGAAUUACCUUAACUUCCUCACUGGAGAGAUGAAAAAUCCCGCUAGGACGCUUCCUAUCGUGAUUGUUCUAUCUCUGUCCAUCGUAACCUCAAUCUACCUACUGGUAAACGUGGCUUAUCUGGCUGUGUUAUCGCCUUUUGAGGUCCUGUCGUCCGGCGAUGGCUCUGCUGCUGUUGCUGUGAUUUUUGCCUCAAGAGCCAUGGGUUUCAUGGCUUGGAUUAUUCCCAUCUUUGUCGGCGCGUCUGUGUUUGGUAGCAUAAACGGGGAGAUCCUAUCUUUGUCUAGGAUUUGUUUCACAGCUAGCGAAAGGGGCCAUAUGCCGGUUAUCCUGUCAAUGGUCAGUGUGACCAACUUGACACCGAUUCCUUCGGUUCUGGCUGUGGUCCUUAUUUCAGUCUUUCUUCAACUCUUUGAUGACCUGUUCUUCCUCAUUGAGCUGACCGGCUUCGCCUUCACAGUGGUGUCUACAAUUGCGGUAUGCAGUUUGCUUCACAUCCGACGAACCAAUCCCGAUUUAAAUCAGUCGAGCUUCAGACUGCCUAUUUGGAUGCCCGUCCUGUAUCUCAUCAUCAAUAUUGGUAUUGGUGUGUUUUCCAUAUAUGACGCACCUUCGAAAGCACUAAUCAGCAUCGGCGUUAUUGCGAUCAGUAUUCCCAUUUAUAUUGUCGGCGUGGCGUGGACGAAUAAGCCACGUGCUGUACGGUCCUUCUUGUGUGAGUUUGUGAAAUGUACAUUUAUCGGAUGUUAUCGCUUUUUCUUUUCUGAAUUGUGUCGACAAAAGCCGUGGUAUAAAUUGUCUCAGGUCUUGAAUGCUUCUCUGAGCCAUCAAAUUUGA